AUGUCGGCCACCGCCAGUAUCCCAACGCCGGUGCAGUUCGCGGCCAUGGCAAGUUCCUCCGACCCCGGAGACCAUCCAGGAGAAUGGGGAAAUAUGACCAACGCCCGAGACCUAGCGACGCAGCUCGUCCUCAGUGUGACUUUGGGGAUGAGCGCUCUCUUCUCUUUUUGUCUUCUUCGACCAAAAUGGAAAGAGCUGUACGCCGCGCGAAGGAAAAGACGAAAUGCGGCCUCCUUCCUACCCGAACUACCGGAUAGUCUCUUUGGCUGGAUUCCCGUGGUAUAUAGGAUAACAGAUGAGGAAGUGCUGGAAUCUGCCGGUUUGGAUGCCUACGUUUUGCUCUCGUUCUUCAAAUUUGCCGUGAGGUUUCUUUCGGUCACCUUCGCCUUCGCUACACUUAUAAUCAUGCCGUUACAUCUGCGAUAUGCCGGUCAAUGGGGCGUUCCAGGUUGGGACCACGACGACGAUGAUGACGACGACGACGGCGGACAAUCACUGUUCGCGAGGGACAUAUUGCUCGGAAAUGGACAUAAGAAGUUCAAAUCCGAUCCGACUUAUCUGUGGAUAUACGUGAUAUUUCCCUACGUGUUUACCGGUAUCGCCAUAUAUCUUCUCAUUCAAGAAACCAACAAGAUUAUCCGGAUACGUCAAAAGUACCUUGGCAGUCAAACAUCAACAACCGAUCGCACAUUCCGACUAUCAGGUAUUCCAACGGAACUGCGCUCGGAGGAGAAGAUUCAAGAGAUUAUUGAAGACUUGCAUAUUGGGAAAGUGGAAGCCGUCACACUGUGUCGUAAGUGGCAUGAGCUGGAUUUGUUGAUGGAAGAGCGAAAGAAGAUUCUGAGGCCGUUGGAACGAGCGUACACGAAGCAUCUUGGGUACAAGCAGAAGAGGAGAUACAACGAUACGUUGCCAUUGGUCCGAGGAUCACGCGAUCGCUCACCCAGUGUGCAUUCCGAGGCUACGGAGCAUUCACAGCUGCUUGGAAGUGAAGAUGGACGUGUUCCGGUGAGGACGAAAGAUAAGAAGCGGCCGACUACUCGACUGUGGUAUGGCCCAUUCAAGCUGCGAUACAAGAAUGUCGAUUCGAUUGAUUACUACGAAGAGAAACUACGUCGCGUCGAUGAGAGGAUCAUAGCCGCUCGUCAGAAAGACUACCCUGCCACGGAUCUUGCCUUUGUCACGAUGGAAACAAUCUCUGCAUGUCAGUUGGUCGUUCAGACCAUCAUUGACCCCCAUCCUACUCAGCUCGUACCAAGCCUCGCACCGGCCCCUGCAGACGUGGUAUGGAAGAAUACAUAUCUCGCACGUUCGAGUCGAAUUUCCCGGUCCUGGGUCAUUACAGUUGUGAUCAGUUUCUUGACCAUAUUCUGGUCUGUUCUAUUAGUCCCUAUUGCAUCCUUGCUGAAUUUGGAUACGCUUCACAAGGCUAUUCCAGGUCUUGCCGAUUUGCUUGCGCGACAUCCGAUUAUUGACUCUCUUGUUCGGACUGGAUUGCCGACAAUUACCAUCUCGUUGUUGACCGUGGCGGUGCCUUAUCUCUACGCCUGGCUCUCGAGUCUUCAAGGGAUGACUUCUAGAGGCGACCUGGAACUAUCCAUCAUCUCGAAAAACUUCUUCUUUACCUUUUUCAACCUCUUCUUCCUAUUCACUGUGCUCGGCUCCGCGUCGAAUUUCUACGGUUUCUUCCAAAAUCUUCAGAACGCAUUCAAAGAUGCUGCGACUAUGGCAUCUGUACUGGCAACGUCUUUGGAAAACCUGUCUAAAUUCUACAUCAACCUUAUCAUUCUUCAAGGUCUUGGCCUGUUCCCCUUCCGAUUGUUAGAAUUCGGAAGCGUCAUCAUGUACCCUAUCAACGUGCUUUAUGCAAAAACACCACGCGAAUACGCCGAACUGUCCACGCCGCCCAAAUUCAGCUACGGAUUCACCAUCCCUCAGACGAUCUUCAUUUUCAUCAUCUGCGUUGUGUACAGUGUCUUUCCCAGCUCAUGGCUCGUGUGUUUCUGUGGAUUGAUAUACUUUUUCCUGGGCCAUUUUAUCUAUAAAUAUCAGCUCCUCUACGCAAUGGACCAUCAACAGCACUCGACCGGACGCGCGUGGCCAAUGAUCUGCAGUCGCGUGCUUUUGGGUCUGGUCGUUUUUCAGGUUGCAAUGAUCGGUGUCCUCGCCCUCCGCAAACUGAUCGCAAGAUCAUUGCUACUCGUCCCUCUGUUAGGCGCAACCGUCUGGUUCACCUACUUCUUUGCAUACACCUACGAACCUCUGAUGAAAUUCAUUGCUCUCCGGAGCAUUGACCAAGACCGACCCGACCGCAACAAUGGAAGCAACUCGGAUGACUCAAUCAGUCCACCAUCUCUACUAUCGCCGCUUUCAGGUCUGGACCGCGACGCUCUCCAUAUCCUCAUCGGUGGACGUGAGAUUGGUCUCAGGCUCAAGAAAUAUGUCAACCCGAAUCUUUCGAUACCACUUGACGGGGCUUGGGUGCCGCGCAGUGAUGGGUCGAUUGUGAUUAGACCCAGUGCGGUUGAGGAGGAUCAUAUGGGUAACGAGGUAUGA